UGCCUCCUGUGUCCUUUCCUCCUGUUCCUGUAAAUUAUUAUGAACCGUUUGAUCUACUGACUGUUAAGCACUGAACUUUACACCGACUCAUCCCUCCAGAUCCCGAUCUCAAAUCCUCCAAAAAUUUCUUUACUCCUCUUCGCUCCAAAAUUUCUACUAAUCUUCAAUUGUUGAUCCAAUCAAGAUUCUAUUCCCGAGUUCCUUGUUCGUUCAAUCAACGAACAAUGUCGUCGUUCUUGCACCAGAGACCCAUCCACAACCCGCUCUCGAACCCGUACCCACUCUCCCCUCGCUCCUCCUCGUCUUCUCAGAGAUCCUUCUCUCUCUUCAGCCCCACGGCGCUUCUGCUCCUCCUCUCUCUCCUCGUCCUCCUCGGCGUCUUCCUCCCGUGGGCCGGCGUGCCGGACGGCAUCUUCUCCUCCGUCAAGCCCUCCAUCACCAAGUGGCGCCACUACACGCUGUCCCAGGCGGCGUCGUUCGUGGCCAGGAACGGGAACGGCACCGUCAUCGUCUGCGCCGUCAGCCAGCCCUACCUCCCUUUUCUCAGCAACUGGCUCAUCAGCAUUUCCAGGCAGAAGCAUCAGGAUAAGGUUCUUGUCAUCGCUGAGGAUUACGCCACGCUCUAUAAGGUUAAUGAACUCUGGCCCGGCCAUGCCGUGCUUGUUCCUCCCGCUCCCGAAUCCCAAACAGCUCAUAAGUUUGGUUCUCAGGGAUUCUUCAAUUUUACUUCCCGAAGGCCGCGCCACUUACUGCAGAUUUUGGAGCUUGGCUACAACGUUAUGUACAAUGAUGUUGAUAUGGUCUGGUUGGCUGAUCCAUUUCCUUAUUUGGAAGGGAACCAUGAUGUUUACUUUACAGAUGAUAUGGCUCAGGUAAAACCUUUGAAUCAUUCUCAUGAAUUGCCACCACCUGGGAAGAAAGGACGCACUUAUAUAUGCAGCUGCAUGAUUUUUCUACGCCCCACAAACGGAGCAAAGUUAGUAAUGAAGAAGUGGAUUGAGGAGAUGCAAGAACAGCCGUGGUCCAAAACAAAGAAAUCAAAUGAUCAGCCUGCUUUCAACUGGGCAUUAAACAAAACGGCUGGAGAGGUGGGUCUUUACCUGCUUCCGCAGGCAGCAUUUCCGACAGGAGGUUUAUACUUCAAGAACAAGACUUGGGUGCAAGAAACUAAAAGCAUGCAUGUCAUAAUCCAUAACAACUACAUUACAGGUUUUGAGAAGAAGAUAAAGCGAUUCCGUGAAUAUGGCCUCUGGUUGGUAGAGGAUCAUGCAGAUGAGUCUCCCCUGGGCAGAUUAGGAGACUGAACAACGUGUAAUACCCAUUUCUGUACACGAAAUCCUUUGGAAGAAGGCCUGCAUCAGAAUGGUUGUUACUGAUCUGCUAGGCCUCCCUGUGUUCCUGUCCGAUGGCUGCUCGAGUGGAUUUUAUGCAAGGAUACCGCUGCCAUAUGACACCACAACACCGAAGGUGUCAUCACAAAAUGGAAAUGAAAGACAACCAUAAAAAGAACGGAUUUUUUUUUUUCUAGAAUUUUGUUAUACAAUUUUUUUCAAGGUCCAAGUUCCCGGUUCCCCUUAGAAGCUAUCCAAGUUAGGUGUACUCGUCAUGGUGAUUCCUUGUUCAUUCGUCGAUAAUUUUUCCUUUUUCAACUUUGUUUCGAUUUUUUCCGAAGCUUUAUUUGGAAAUGGGGGUUCCCGAGCUAUACAUGGUGUAAACUUAUACAUUAUAGCUUAUUAUGUGUUAACCACAAAUCCACAAUAUGGGAUUUUACUUA